ACGCUAGUUUCCGGCGGGCUACUUAGAGCGCCGAACAGUUCUGGGCCAAAGGACCAUGAGAGGGCCGGAGCCGGGUCCCGAACCGACGAUGGAGGGAGACGUGCUGGACACACUGGAGGCGCUGGGGUAUAAAGGACCAUUGUUAGAAGAGCAAGCCCUUACAAAGGCGGCAGAGGGUGGAUUAUCUUCACCUGAAUUUUCAGAGCUCUGUAUUUGGUUAGGCUCUCAAAUAAAAUCAUUAUGCAACUUGGAAGAAAGUAUCACGUCUGCUGGAAGAGAUGAUCUAGAGAGCUUCCAGCUUGAGAUAAGUGGCUUUUUAAAAGAAAUGGCAUGUCCAUAUUCUGUACUCAUAUCAGGAGAUAUUAAAGAUCGUUUAAAAAAGAAGGAGGACUGUUUGAAACUUCUAUUAUUUUUAAGUACAGAACUUCAAGCUUCACAGAUAUUACAGAACAAGAAACAUAAAAAUUCUCAAUUAGAUAAAAAUAGUGAAGUUUAUCAGGAAGUUCAAGCUAUGUUUGAUACACUUGGUAUACCCAAGUCAACAACUUCUGACAUUCCGCAUAUGCUAAACCAAGUGGAAUCAAAGGUGAAAGAUAUUCUCUCAAAGGUCCAGAAAAAUCAUGUGGGAAAACCACUGCUGAAAAUUGAUUUAAAUUCAGAACAGGCGGAACAACUGGAAAGAAUCAAUGAUGCUCUUUCCUGUGAAUAUGAGUGCCGCCGAAGAAUGUUAAUGAAACGAUUAGAUGUGACUGUACAGUCCUUUGGAUGGUCUGAUAGAGCAAAGGUAAAAACAGAUGAUAUAGCAAGAAUUUAUCAGCCUAAGCGUUAUGCUUUGUCACCCAAGACAACGAUUACAAUGGCACAUCUACUUGCUGCUCGUGAAGAUCUAUCCAAGAUCAUUAGGACAAGUAGUGGCACCAGCCGGGAGAAGACCGCAUGUGCCAUUAAUAAGGUGCUGAUGGGAAGGGUGCCUGACAGGGGAGGCCGGCCGAAUGAAAUUGAACCACCACCUCCAGAAAUGCCCCCUUGGCAAAAGAGACAAGAAGGCGGCGGUGGAAGGGGUGGUUGGGGUGGUGGUGGUGGAGGUGGUGGUAGAGGAGGUGGUGGGGGUGGGGGUGGGAGAGGUGGCUGGGGGGGUGGAGGAGGAGGUUGGGGAGGUGGUGGGGGAGGGGGAGGAGGGUGGGGGGGAGGAGGAGGAGGUGGUAGAGGAGGUUUCCAAGGCAGGGGAGAUUAUGGUGGAAGAGGGGGCUAUGGUGGAAGAGGGGGCUAUGGUGGAAGAGGCUAUGGAGAUCCAUAUGGAGGAGGUGGUGGUGGUGGUGGUGCUGGUGGAGGAGGUGGAUAUAGAAGAUACUAAAAACUAUAAAAAUUAGAUAGCAGUGCUUGCUUCUUUAUAGAUACAUUAGAAAUAGUAUUCUAAAUAACAUACUUGAAUAUCAUCUUUGAAGUAAACACCAUGUUAGACUCCCUGGUGAUACCAUUCUUGAAUUGGUUAAUAUGUAAGAACAUUGUUUUUUAUUACCAGUUGAUCUCUCAAAUGAAGUGAUGACUUUUUCCAUAUUCUAUGUACCCUUGAGCAUGUUGUGUCUUUUUAAAAAACAAAAAAAAGAACAAAAAUUAUUUUUUAAAAUGUAAAUAUUUAUUACCAUCAGACUUGGAAAAUGGAAAGUAUUUUAUUGUCAUGAUUGAAUUUAGAUUGUUACCUGUAUUUUGUUCAGGUUUGAGACAUAUAAAAGACCCCACCUGUAAUAGAAAGGAAUAUAGACCCUUGCCUCACCUGUAUUGCUGUGGAUGUGUUUUGUGGGUUUUUCAUUCGAUUUUACAAAAUAGGGAAAGGCACUUCCAGUUGUAUUUAGUAGGCAGUUGUUGUGAAUCAUUUUUUUCUCUUAUAGGAGGCGAUUCCUCUCUAGCCAUGUUUCUGUUAAAGUUUCAUUAAUUGAAGCCCAAGUUUACUUUUUACUGUACAUACUUAUUUUCUAAUUGGAUUUGAAAUCAGCAUGAUUUUGUUUGACAAAGCAAAGUUUAAGAUUGAGGUCAGAAAUACUUUAAUGGAGCAAAGACACAUACCAACUUUACAUGACGGUGUGAGAAAUAGUGCUAUAAACUGGUCUCUUCAUCAUUUAUGCUCUCACUUUAGAUAUCCAAAUAUUAAAAGGCAGGCUGACCUGUAUCACACAGAAUUAAGGCAGUAAUUUCCUGCUUCAGUAGAUCAAGGGUAGGGCUAAGGCAUCCUGUGGUAAUUCUGAUUCACAGCUAGAUUUUGGAAACACAAAGUUAGGGAAUGGCUAUAUGUGAUUUGCUAGUUGGAGCAUCAAAGUCUUAGCUAUCAAGAGUUGUGAAUUUGAAUCAUGGCACUAGGUCAGGGGUGCUAUGGAUUGAAAUGACCUUAGUUCUCAAGGAGUGAUUUGUCCUCAUUUGUCAAAUGAGGAAUGAGACACUUACCAUCAUCUCAGGUUGUUUCUUAAAGACCUAAGUACAAAUACAAUUUGUUAAAAACUUACAGAGGGCCUAUUUUGAAUGCUUUAAGAUGUAGGCCAGGUAAUGUAUUUUUCUCUUAGUGUAGAAAGUUAAGAGAAAAAGAGCUGGUACCAUAAAUUUUUUCAAUCUCAGUGUAAAAUCUGUAUCUCAUUGUAGGCUUCUGGUCAAUACCUAUACAUAACAACUUAGUGUGAUCUAACCAACUCAACUGAUAGAAAGCUGAAUUGUUCCCAGUGGACAAGUGGUAUUUGAUGUUUAGCAGGUUUUUUUGUUGUUAUUUUUUUGGUAAACUCUGUGGUAAAAUCUAAAAUAAUGUUAAAACCCUAAAAGUAACUAUUGAAUAUUCUGUAAUCUUAGACAUGUAUUUUUCAAGCUAACCCUUUGAAGAAAUGUGUUCAAGGUAGGAAAAUAUAAAAUUUUUUGGUUAUUUGUAAAUUUA